AUGGCUCACUGGGGCCGGGUCAGGCAGAUCCUGUUUCUGGCCUUGGUGGUGGAUUUGGCCCUGGGGCCGGCCCCGGCCCGGAAUUGCUUACAAUGCGAUCCGAGUUUCGCUGUCCAGUUUGCCUCUUACAUCCCUCGCCUGAGCCGCAAGUCCUGGGGUCUCGGGGAUGUGCCAGCAGCGGGUCGGAGGCUGCGGGGCUGGGCGCAGGACACGUUGCGCGAAAUUCACCUCGAGGUGCCCCUUGAGAUCCCUUUCGAGAAACUCCGGGAAAUAGCGGUGAAAAUCUAUGCAAAACUCGAUACUGUGUUCAGAGGGAAGACGUACAAGCCAGGUGUUCUUCCGGAAACCCUGCGUUCCAUAUUCCAGGAACAAGUCUCAAUGCUUCGGGACGCCAUAAUUGAAAGUAGGGUGAAGUGUGAACGCCACUGUGGAAUAAACUGGUACGAGGCCAUAUCUUGCGAGACGUGUAACGUGACCAAGCCAAGCUGUUUUGGAUAUAAUUGCGAGUCCUCAAAAGAAUGGAAAGGUGCCCUGCAAGGUCUGUAUGCCUACAUAACCAACCUGAAGACGACACCGGGGGAGCUGGUGGAAGCCCUGAAGCAACUCCCGGUCUUCAGCAACUGCACAGACAACAGCCUAGAGAAUCUGAACUUUGACAGUAUCAAUGCCACGCUGUCCCAGAACUGGCUCACAGCAAAGGCCAAGAACGAGAACAGCGAGGAAGCAGUGGUGGUGGAACUGCUGAAGCCCAGCUGCCCAGUCAACGCCGAUCUGUAGCGCCGAGAACCAGCA